AUGUAUGGCCUGCUAAAUGGAGGCAGUCGUCCUGUAACUGCUCCAGGGCCAGGUCCUGGUCGCUAUGGGCUUCCUCCAACCAUUGGAUUUAUUGGCCAUGACUUCACCAAACCAACAAGCCCUGCCUAUUCUUUCCAUGGCAGGAUGAGUGACACAUUGUAUAGCGUUGACUCCAGUCCAGGGCCUCAGUACUGUGUUGAUGCAAAAAUCACUCGCUUUGGAAAGGAUGGGACACCCUCAUACUCCAUGUUGGGCAGAACAAAAUUACAGAAUGAACUAUUCCAAACGCCGGGACCAGGUGCAUACAGCCCAGAGAAAACCCCACCAUGCAACCUUCAGCGCAGACCCCCGUCCUACACAAUGGGCUCUCGCACACAGUACCGCAGCAUUGACUCAGUACCUGCUCCUAAUAAGUACUGUCUCCCUCCACUCAUGGGCCCUCAAGUCCCAAACAAGCCAGCCAGCGCAAGCUACACAAUAUCAGGUAGUUACAGCACAGGCGGACCAUCUGUGGAUUUAGCUAAGACGCCCGGGCCUUGCAGGUACAACAGUACAGACCCAGGUGUGUAUCUACCCCGACAGCCAGCAUUUUCCAUGCUGGGACGACACAGCUUACCCCGAGAUGCCACCAAGAAACCUGGUCCUGGAACUUACAAUCCAGAGAAAGUGACGGUUCACAAGGCUCGGGCCCCUGCCUUCUCUCUGGGCAUCAGACACUCUGAAUUUGUCACCCUGCUGGUUGUCAAUGUUUCUGACUGAACAUGC